ACCUGGUGGCACGGAGGGCCAGGGGCACGUGGGGGCUGUCAGAAGUGGGGGGAGCGUGUGCCUGGGAGGGGUUGUUGGACACUUGGAAGGGGUUGCUGGGCACCUGGAAGGGAUUGUUGGGCACCUGGAAGGGUCCUUGCAAGGCCCGUGGGAGGGCAGAGGUGAGCAGUGCACACCAGGCCGGAGGUUUGCACAGCCAGGGCGUGUGUGGAGCUGGGGUCACACAGCUGGUGGGGCUGUCACACAGCAGCAAGAGGGACACACGCCGGGGGACAUUGCACACCUGGCAGGGGCUGGAGCAGGACUCGCACAGCCGGCAGGGACGCUGUGAGGGUGGCACGGGGGUCACACGCGGGGGCGGCUGUCGCACACACGGCGGGGACACGGCCAAGCUGACCGGCGGUUUCAGAGCCGGCCGGGGCCCCGGGCCCGCUGCCCCACCCCGGGCACAGAGGCGGCGCGGGGGGCGGUGCCGGUCCCUCCUCCGUCGCUGCCGCUCCCGCCCCGUGCCGGCGCCAUGGCGGGCGCGGGCGGUGCCGGGGACGCCGGGGAUGUGCUGAGCGGCGGUGCCGAGCGGCGGUGCCGGGCGCGGCUGNCGGCGGCGGCGGCGGUGCUGGUGCCGCUGUGCUCGCUUCCCCGGUGGGCGGCGGGACCCGGCGGACGGGGACGCGGUGGCCACGGCUCUGCGGGAGACGCGGGAGGAGCUGGGGGUGGCGGUGGCAGCCACCAGCGUCUGGGGACAGCUUCGGACGCUGCCCGACCGGGUACCGGGGAUCGGCGGGGCUUGGAGGCGCGGGGACGAGGGCGUGCGGGGACAAGAACAAAGGGGGGGCAGGCGGCAGGGACACGGCGUGGGUUCAAGCAUGGAAUGACCGUGGCGCCCAUCGUGGCCAACCUGGGCCCGCUGGAGGCCUUGACUCUGAGCCCCAACCCUGACGAGGUGGAGGAGGUGUUCACCCUGCCCCUGGCUCACCUGCUCCGCGAGGAGAACCAGGGCUACACGCACUUCCGCACGGCCAGCGGCUACGGCUACACCCUGCCCGUGUUCCUGAACGGCCCCCACAAGGUGUGGGGGCUCACGGCCAUCAUCACCGAGCUGACCCUGGAGCUGCUGGUGCCGGGCCGCUACCGCAGGAAGACGCGCGUGCCUGCCCGGAAAGGCCCGGCCUGAGUGGGGGUCCCCGUGCCUCGGUUCUCCACCACGCACGGGGGAAACGGCUCCGGGCCCAGCAGGGAUGUCGCACACUGUGAUUCAGUAAAAGCCAUGUUUGGAACUGC